UCCGCGCGCGCGGCUUGGCCAGCGCGUGUCUGUGUCCGCCCCUCCCCCUUGCCCCCCGGCUCUGAGCGCUCCCCGUGUCCGUGGGGCUAAUGAUGGGGGAGGCGCCUCUUAGUGUCAGCGCUCCGCCUGCCUCCGUCCAUGAGGCCCUAGAGCGGGGGGUUGGGAGAAGUGACGGGCAAAGGGGCAUCUUUGGACCGUUGUAAUUCAAAUGCAUUGAGCCGUUCCCGCAGCCGGCACCUCGGACGCAGCCCUCCGGAACUACCGGCCCCGGGGUCCUUUCCAGAGAGUCGGUCUUGCUCUGCCCAGCCCGGUUCCCAGGGGCCUUCUGCCCCGCCCCCCUUGGCAGCGCGCUGGCACCUUUUGGGCGCAGAUAGGGCGCAAUUCAAACAAAGAAUAACGAUCAUUUGUUUUUUGUUAAUUAUUCCAAAUUUGGGUAACGUAUUAAUUCAUUUGAAAAUGGAAGAUUACACGGGCGGGGGGAUUCAGGACCUGGGUAGGACCAUCAAUGCGUUGUGCGCCACAGGUCAGGGACUCAGUGACACUCAGUGACCAGUGCAAUCCGGUGUAACCGCCGAGAUGGCACCGUUACAAUUGGUCAGAGGCGCCUUCCCAGCCCUGCAUAACGUUUUCAGGUGUGUCAGCGAUUUUGGAAAACGGUGGUUAGUUAACUUCAGUUCCUUUUGCUAGCACUUUCUCUAGUCAAAGUACAGAAAUCCUGUCAGCAGGUGCACUGAGUACCUAUAUAAUUUCAUGAUGUUGAAACAGAGAAACUGAUUUAGGGCCCAUUUCCUCACUCGUCUGCCUAAGGCCUAGUCUUCACACAGGUUUUGUAUUGGUAUUCUGUUGAUUAGGGAUGAGGUUUUUUUUACCAAUAUAUAGUUAUACCAGUACAAAUCCCUAGUAUGUUUAUGCUGGUAUACAGGUGCUUAUAUCAGUAUAGCUUAGUUCCCUUCCUAUAUGGGACUAAGCUAUACUAGUAUAAACAGAUUUAUAUCAGUACAGUGCCCGCACUGUGUGUGUACUGCUUGAACUAUAUCAAUAUUGUUAAAGAGGUACAACUUUUGUGUGUAGAUUAGGCCAUAGAGUCUGGAAGAUAUUAUCCACCCAGUUAUAAAAAGGUACAUAUCAUAAUUUGGGGGGUAAAUUAUAUUAUGGUUGUUUUCAUAAGAGAAAUUUCUGUAAAUCUAAUAACACAGAAAACUACUCUGUACUGUUAAAGGAUUUUAAGUAAUGGCCCCUGGAAACAAAUUCAAGAGCUCUGAACUGAUAUUACUGUGUGAAUGGGAAGAAUGCCUUUUUGUAGGAAAAUGUAUGGAGGAAUUUUGUGACCACAUUGCAGAACACUUGAAAGAGUAUCAACAACAUCCUCUGGAAAGAACAGAGCAGUACCAUUGUUGGUGGAGAAAUUGUGAAUUUUUGGCUACAGGUCCCAGGGAGCUGGUAACCCAUGUAAAUUUUCAUAGUUACCACACCAAGUUGAAAUUCUUAGGCUCUCAGUUAAGGGCAUCACACCAAGAUUGGCCAGCAUGUUCCCAGAACAGCUAUAACCAGAAUCAGAUACCAAGGAUUUCAGAGAUGUAUGUUUGCCAAUGGGAGAAUUGUGAUGUUACCUACAACAACCCAGAAUGGUUUUAUCGGCAUGUUGCCAUGCAUGCAUACUCUACUGAGAAAGAAAACAUCUCAAGUAACAAGAAAGCUAUUUGUUGUUGUCUCUGGAAAGAUUGUUCAGGAACAUUUAAAGGAAAGCACAAGCUAUGGGAUCACUUAAGAACCCACACUCAAGAAAGAGUGGUGGCCUGUCCCUCUUGUGGAGCGAUGUUCUCCAAUAAUACCAAGUUUUUUGAUCAUGCCAAGCGCCAGGUUUCAGAGGAUCAACAGGUAUUUGUUUGUCAGAAUUGUGACAAACACUUUGCCAAUGAGAGGUUACUACGAGACCAUAUGAGAGGCCAUGUUACCCAUGUUACAUGUCCAUUUUGUGAUAUGGUAUGUACAAGUGUCUCCUCUCUGAAAGCGCACAUCAGAUUCCGACACUGUGAUGAACGCCCUUUCCACUGUGAUCUCUGUGAGAGUAGUUUUAAGAAUGCUUAUGAUCUUCAUAAACAUGUUGAAACACACAAUGAUUCAAAUGCCUACAGCUGUGAUGUAGAAGGAUGUGUUUUUACUUCACGGACUUUACAGAUCUUGAGACAGCAUUACAAGAGAGCACAUAUGAAUAAUGGCAAUCUAAAAUAUAAAUGUCACAUCUGUCAGAAAUGUUAUUCCUGGUGUUACACAUUGACUCUGCAUCUUCGCAAGGCGCACAAACUCAGCUGUCAUUCUCGCUUCAGAUACAAAGAAGAUGAUGAUGGGUACUUGAGGCUGAAUGUAGCAGUUUAUAAUGCUGUCAUGGGUUUAGAUCAGGGUCUUGAGAACAAGAUGGCGCCAAAGAAGUCUUCAGUAGUUCAAAACAGUACUGGAAAAGACAGCUAUGCCUCUUGCAAAAGAAGCCAUUCAUCAGUGGAACUACAUACCACAAGAUGUCAGAGAUGGUCACAAACUACUGCGGAAAAGGUUAUGGUAGAAUCAGAGACCUCCAUAAUGGAGCCAAUGUAUUUUGAACUUCAAACUACACCACAGUCAUUUGAAAACUCUGCUUCUCCCUCUGAACUUGAUGAAGCAAUGACAUUGAAUACAAAGGAAAAAUUAAUAGAAAUUGCAAUGGGCUUGGGAAUUCAGGUUGCUGUUUAAGAAAAAUGCAUUUUCUUGGAUUUUACUUUAGGACCUAUUUAGUAGUCCUGGAAGAGUUCAUUAUUUUAACUAUAUAUGAAAUUUACGAAGAGUCUGCAUUAUUUUCACUUGUCAAAUUUUGUAUGUAACAUUGUGUAUAUAUUUGUUAAAUAUACUAAAUUAUUUUAUCUGAAUAAAUGAUAGUACACCUGAAAGGUUUUGCUAUAUGUUCAAUAUGUGAUACUUAGAUGACUAACUCAUCCGACAAGAAGGUAUUGGAUUUCAUUAAUCUGUGUGCUCUUCUAGUCUGUCUAUACAAAAGAAACAAAGCUAUCCCUCAGAGGCAAAAUUCUGAGCCAGUACACUAGACAAAGGGUUUGAUCUGGUAGAUUAUGCAUUGCUAUUUUUUUUUAUUAGAUAAACAUUUAUUUUUCAUAAUGCAUCUGGUCUACAAUAUUUCUAACAAGUGUCUUUUGCCUUUAGUUAGUGAUGUUAAGUAUAUUUCAAAUAUAUGCUAGAGUAAUUUUAAGUGUCUUUCAAGUAGUUUACUUUGGCUUUAAGCUAUGAUGUGUUUUGUAAAUUAAUAUAAUUUUAAAACCUUUUUCAUUGUUUAAAGGUGAUUACAAUUCAAUAAUUGUUUGCAUUCAUAGAAUAGUGAAAAGGAUGUUCAGAGAACUAAUCUUGGUUUCAGAUAGCACUCAUUAUAAUUGAGAGAUUACAAAGUAUUUCAAAAUAAUCAUUUGGGCACUAGAAGUGGUGACUAGUUUUCAGAAAUAAUUCUAUGCAGCCAUGGUUAUUAGAACCUGUUAAAUAAAAAAUGUUGGCCGUGA